GUGUGUGCGGAGAAGGGGGGGAGUGGGGGAUGGGGGCGCUGCCAGGUCCGUCUUUCCCCUGCCGUGUCCCCUUUUCUCAGCUCGGCGCAGACGCCAUGUUGGUUUGAAAGGAAGAUGACAACAGGCGGCUGCGGGAGCGGCGGCGGCGGCGGCGGGCGGCGAAGGGUAGCCGAGAGCGGCUCUCUCUGAGGGGCGGGGAGGGGUGGAAAAGAGAAGCCGAACUAUUUCGCUCUUCGCCCCUCUUUUCCUCAGAAGCGCCGGCUUCCGAGGGAGGAAAGAGAAGGGCGAGCAGCCCCGCCGCGUCAGCUGAGGGGGGUUUCCGCUAACCGCCUGCUGCCGAGGGAGCCCCUGGAGGACGGCGAGGAAGAGGCGGCGAAGGGUCUGGAGAGAGAGGAGCGGCGGCGGCGGCGGCGGCGAUGAGGAGAACAGAGACCUGAGGAAGGAGAGGCGGAGGGGGCGGCGAGCGCUGCUGCUGCUAGAAGAGGCGACUGCAGUUUAAAUCCCCCCUUGAGCUGCUGCUGCUGCCGCCGCCGCCGCUGCAGUUUGAGGGGGGAGAGUGUCGUUUCUUUUGACGCCCCCCUCCUUUCCCCCCACCUCCGCCCUCCUUCCCCGUUCGGGUGUUUUGUUCUGGUUGUUGGUUUGUUUGUUUUUUUGCAAAAAAAAGAAUAAACGUCUAAAGGGAACCGAGAGGACCGAGAAGAGCCCGCCCCAGUCUCUCCCUCAGCCUUCCUUCACUUGGAGAGAAUCGGUGGGUGGAAACGAAAAAAAUAAAAUAAAAAACCACCCCCAACAACUUCGGCUCCAGGGAAAGAGGAAGGUCGCCUUACUUCUCUCUCUGCUCGGAGUGCCUGCCUGCCUGUCGCUCGUUUUAAUGAGGAGGUGACUCGGGCGCAGAACUAUCCUCUGAAUCAUCCUCGUCAUUCAUUAUUGGUCUAGGCUGGAGAGGAAGAGCGAGAGGGGGAAGAGAGAAAAAGCCUGUACACAAUUCAUGCCCUUGUGUAUUUCUUUCUGGUCUACCUGGCACCGCUGGUGUUGGUGUUUGUGCUGCUGACGACAAGGAUCUGCUGCCAUCUCUGGUUUCCCUGGUGUUUCCGAUCGAGCCUUUCAACACCAGUUCCUCUUUGGAUUUUGAUCCCCUCGAUCCACAGUUUCCUUGCCGUAGUUUAGGCGAAAAUAAAUCUCAGAACUUAACAGACGCACACCAAAGAUUGGUUAGCUGGAAGGUCGUCUUGGCUGGCUGGCUUUUUUCUAAAAAAGAAAUAUUAUUCUGUACUUUUUGAAACCAUCAGGGUAAUAUCAAGAUGUCUAGCAGUGUUCCAUCUGAUAUGGUAAGUUCACGUUGACUUUGUUUUCAGAAUUAUAGUGGGGAACUGAGGUGCCCUUUUGGAACAAGAUAGAUGUGAGAGUGAGAACCAUCUCUGUUGUACUAGAGUGAAUUAUCAGUUUCAUUACUGUAUUUGACUUUUAAAAAUGUUUUAGAUUCUAGCAAGGGAAAAAAUGGGAUACAACAUGAAAUGAAACUACUUUUUUUAUCAGUGGUUCUGCACUUAAAGCUAGUUUUAAAUCCUGCCAUUUUCUUUCAACUUCCCUUCAUUCUUUUUUACUACUUGGCUGAAAUGGGUUAAUAUUCUUUAACAGUUCCAGAAGGCCAUCAUUAGACAUUGUAUCUUGGGGACAAGAGUUCUCUACACUCCAGCACUUCUUAUGCCAGGCCCUUUUUUGAAUUGAUAUCGGACACCCUAUUUCAGUAAAGUGUCAUGCCAGUAACCUAUCUGGACUGUUUUGAAAUCGAGAGAAAGAGGAAAGAAUAUAGAUUUGAGAGGGGACUGCCUACAAUGUAUACUAAGAACAAGCAAGUCUGGAUCUGUGAAUUAUUUUGAAAUGGAGAUAAAGUUAACUUGAUUGUCCCUUUAUGUACUGCAUAUAUGUUUUUUCUUAUGCAUGAGUGAAUUUUCUCAUAUGUCCUAAAUAUAUAUGUCAUGCCAUUUAAAGAUAAACGGUUAUGGUUUCUGAGCCCUAAUGUGCCAUUCAUGCUCUGUAUAUGUGUCUAAUUAAGCUUUCAGGGCCACAGUCUAUGCUUGGCAUUAACAUGGUUGUUUUUGGCUCUGCAUAACAGGAAAACAGUAAUUUGUGACAAAGGCACUACUUUAAUAACAUUUAUCUGUAGCUUAAUAAAGCAUUUUGCUCCAAGUAACUUUGGCAAAAUAUUGGGGAGGGGAAAUCACAAACAAUAUAAAGCAUAUUGUUGAUUCUCAUGUGCUAAUCCUUUUAUUUGAUGCUUUUCUUUUGGGCUUGUAGCAGAUUCUUAGCUCUGAUUGAUUUGCUUCUGAUAUCUGUUCAGCUUCAAAGCAUUUUAAAAAAUGUAUUCAGUAAUAAAACAACAAUAAAAUAAUCACUAAAAGCUGUAGCUAUGAUCCAGUCAAGAAAAAGAACCUUUUAGGCUGCAGUCUAGUACACACUUACCUGGGAGUAAUUCUCAUUGACAUAAAUGGGAUUUGUUUGACCGUGGACAUACACUGAUAACAUUGGGAAAGUUAAGCAUAAGCUUAAAUUUAACUUCCAUUGAAAUCAAUGGAACUUAUAUGUAUUUAAUGUGGACUGAAUGCCAUAUGGGUUUGCUGAUGCAUCAUCGUCAGUAAAAUCUAGUUUUGAAACAAACAUUAAUUCUGUUUUGUUGACUUCAACUGUUUUGUUGACUUCUGCUGAAGGCUCUGAGCUUUCGGUAUGGACUUUGUAUCUUAAUAAAUAGGUUGGUGGUCAGUUUGGUCAUUGGUAUGAGAACAACAAAUUGCCUUUUUUAAUCUGUUGCACUUCCUGGUUCUCAAACUUAAAAAUGCUUUCUGGUUUUUGAAGCAGUUUUUUGGGGGGGUUCACAACUUUUGUAAUUCUUCAGAGAUGCACAUGCAAGUAUACUUAUUUGGAAAGCCAGACUGUAAAAUAUUGGAAAAUUGUUUAGAAAGCGCUUAGAAAGAACCUUUGAAAUAGAAUACUAAUUCAAAUAUUACUCUCAUUACACAAGCUCAUAUUGAAAUUAGAAGUUCAAAUGCCACAACUGGAAGUGAUUGCUUCUAGGCUUUCUCUUUGAAGCUUGGAAAUUUAGUAGUUUACAUUUCCAUAGCUUCAGCCAAUGAAUGGUUGGAAUGCAGGUGAUAGUCUUUCCCUGUUAGUUGCAGUGGAAAGAAGUGUCAUAACCAAGGUUACAUCACAUUCAGAGAGCUCCUGUCUUAUAAAAUCUCAUUGCUUUUAUCAUAUGAGGAAAUGUAAAGCAAUUGUUAAAACAGUUUUUGAAACUUACAUAUUUUCAGGCUUGGGUAAGAGUACAGAUAUGUGAAAUAAAACAGGGAAAUUCUUAUCAUGUAUACUAACAGGUUUUUCCCCCCCAUAUAAAAGGAGGGAAAGCAACUUGAGAUCAUAAAGGUUAUAUGGAUGACCCAAUCAACACAUGCACACACAUACACAUACAUAACCAUUACAGAACAUAGAAACUGCCUUACACUAAGUCAGACUUGGUCCAUCUAGCUUAGUUUUGUCUACACUGAUGGGCAGUAGAUUUCAGGCAGGAUUCUAUCUCAGCUGUACCUGGAGAUGCUGGGGAUUGAACCUGUGACCUUCUGCACAUAAAGCAGAUGUUUUACCACAGUGCUUUUGUCACUUCCCCAUGAUGUGAUGUCAGAGGUUGUUGUAGGGCACCAAAUAAGUUCAUCUAAUCAAAUUGUGGUGGAUGGUGCUUCACACUUCUACUACUCUAUCCCCUCAUUUAAUAUGUAAUUGCAGUGAUGGACUCUUAAUAAUUUUGCUUAAAAAUAAGUGGGCAUGGCUUUGGUAUGCUGAAAUCUUUGAUCUUUCUUUUCAGUCAUGUUUGACUUCCUCCUUCAACUGCAGUCAUUUAUUUAGCUAAAUAUUUCAAAACAUUAGUCCUACAGUGAUUAACGUAAUCCUCUAUCAUUUACAUUUUAUUUACAUAUCGUGAUUGCUGUAAACUAAAUUCCAGACAUACCUAUAUAUGGUGUAUUGUUGAUGUAGCAAGAGGAUGUUGAUAAAAGAUAGGAGCCUAACAAAACUUGAAUUGAUUCCAUUUGAAGUUCCCUGAACUUCAUUAUUGUGUCUGCACAUUUAUGCUGAAAGAGAGUUACAUUUUCUCAAUGGAGGCAUGCUUCCAACCACUAAAAGGAAGCUGCCAGCACCUUUACCCAAAUACCAUGCAAAUUAUGGUUUUAUCUGCAGUACUGUGGUGUCUAGAGAAGUGUGUUGGGUGUUAAUUUAUUGGUGUCAAAGAUAGGCAAUAGGAAGAAAUCUUUAUUUCAGUGGUCUUGAUGAAUUAACUAUUAAUUUGGAAAAUUCUUAAAAUGUGAGUGGGGUGCUAUAAACAUAGGUAUCAUCUGUAGCCCCCUUCCCUUUUCCCAGUAAUUAGUUUUGGUAUAUAAUAUUUAAAGCUGAGCGUCAGUAAUCUGUAAGCCUCACUCACCUUCAGAGCGAAAUGAGCAGAACUAUGACCAGUUACUAAGUUGAUGUGGUAGCUGGAUGUAUGCUAUGUAGUUCAUAUAUGGCAAGAAAAUCCUUCAUAUCUGGGCUGUUAUUUGUAAAGGUUUGGGGGAAGAUUUAGGGAUAGAAUGCAUGGUUUAAGAUUGUUCAUAUUGUCUAUUAGUACUUAAAAGUACUGCAAUGAUGAAAUUUAAAGAUUUCAUACAAAAACACCUAGAAUACAAACGCUUGCAUACAAAGAUUGAAAUUGCAUCUUUGUCAAUUUCAGUUAUUUUACCCAGCACUAAUUAUUUUUGGCAUAGUGUUAUUUUUUGGACUCAUUGAAGAGGAAGCAUUAAAAGAUGAAUUGAAAUAAUUAAUGUAAUGGUUUUAUAGGAAGUGACUAUAUUAUUUAUCACUUAUUUGAAAAUGGAACCAAAGUCCAUCUAAUCCAGCAUCCUCUUUUUCACUAUGGCCUACCAAAUGUUUCUGGAAAACCAGGGCAUGAAAGCAGUAGUCCUCCCCUGCUGUCACUGAAGAGAAAUUUGUUCUUAAUGGCAUACUGCCCCAUAACUUAGUUUCUAUUUAGACCUAUCCCUCAUGGGUUUCUCAGCCACUUUUAAACCCUUCUAAACUAGUGGCCCAAUAUCUUGGUAGUGAAUUCCAUAGAUACAGUAAUUUUUUGUUGUUGUGAAUUCCAUAAGUACAGUAAUUUGUUGUUGUUUGAAGUGCUUCCAUUUGUAGUAUCUUUCCUUUUGCCCAUCAGUUGGAUUCGGUGACCCUGAGAUUGGGAGAAUUCUCUGUAAAUUUAUAAACUCAUGUCAUCCAUUGUAUCUUUUUUGUUAAGCUAAAAAGCUUGAAGUGCUUGAGCUUUUUCUCAUAUGGAAGGUCCUCUGAUUUCUUACCUGGCUAGUUACAAAACAGUGCUCAGUGCUAUAACAAUGAUUUCCUCUCAGUCAUAAUUUUCUCUAAUAUGAUAAGAGAGGGAUUUGUAAUUUGCCACUACUUUGUUUGCUUAGCAUUAUAUGUUAUCAAUUUUACUUUCUUACUCCUACUUCUUUUGCUCUUCUUCCCUAAAACUUUAAGCAAAUUACUGUCAAACUGUGAUAAAGCUACUGGAAUUGCUGGUCUGCUGUAGUUUGCAAAAUAGCCUAAAUAUCAAAGUUAUAGUUAAUUUGGAUAAACUAGAUAUGCUUAUGUAUGUGGUUAGCAACACUUUUGAAAGCCAGUGUGGUGUAAUGGUUAAUGUUUGGCUAGGACAGGGGAGACCAGCUAUUUCAUAUCCAUAUUUCAGAAAUUUACCAGGUGACCUCGAGUCAGUCACUGGUUAUUAAAUCAUACUUUAAAAAACAAACAAAUCCACAAUUAAUUUUCAAGUUGCUUCACAGAUAGAUGAUCAAGCAAAGUUUGUCUUAUUUCUUACUGACUCCUCAUAGCCUGACCAAUAUUCUGAACUCCUUUGUGGCACCCUGUGACUGGCAUUUCCUCACUGUGUUAUUAUCUCCCUUACCACUGGCCAGCUGUAAGAGUGAGGAAAUCUCAGAGUUCUUCACCAACUCUUUGCAACAGCCCAGCAUUUCCACAUUGCCUCCUGUUUCCCUAUCAAAGACUCUCAAAAUUCAUUGUCGCCAAGAGUUUCUUAACCUUUUCCUACCACUGUUCUGCUCAGCUGCUGUAUCCAUUAUUGCCUUUUCACAUCUCCCACCAGCCCCACCUCCUUAACUUUGCUCUGUCUUGGAACUGUUUUAAGGAGCAGUAGCACAUUUCUCAGCCACCCAUUUCCCCACCCAUACUUCACCCAUUGAGCAAAACAUCCCUACUUUAUUAAACAGUUACAGUGCGCAGCAGUUGAAGGAAGAGGUAUCUUGUGUAAUUGAUAAUGUAAUAAGAGGGGAGUUGUGGGUGGGGUUGGCAAGUGGAUAUGGUGUAAUUCAGCAAUGAGGGUGUCACUGGGUGAUUUUAUAUCACUAGUGGUAUCUGUGAAAAGUGGAGGCAAUGAGAGCAUAGAUAGCCAUUCUAGACAAGGCUUGAUUGAGUGAAACUCUGUAAUUGGUCCCCUUCUGGCUGGGACGGAAGGAAUAUUAAAAGAAAUGGCAUAUGUGUACUGUUUAUUGGUUAAGCAGGCUACUUUAGAUGGGCUUUGGUUUGGGGUAGAGUGGAGCUUGGAUGAAGCUAUCCAGAUGAAGCUGGCCAAAAUAUAGAAAUCUAGCCAAUAGAGGCUACAUUACAUUAUGUGUAUGAGAAACUUUGCUUUUCAGUAACCCCUAGGUUAUCUUUUAUUGAGGGUUGUAUAUGAAUUUUUCAUUUUUAGAUUUUCCUAGUAAUCAAGGUGUCUUGGGUUAUAUAGGUAUAUCAGAUUUGAGGGUUUUAGUUAGUUGGGAAGAACACAGACAAAUUUUGGUAACAGAGUUUAUUAGAGGUCUAGGUUUUGUUUUUAUAUCACAAAAUACUGAUGAAUAUUCAUGCAAAAUAAAGCUCUGCAUUAAACUUUUUAAAACAGUCCCCUUCAUUACCUAUAAUUAAUACCAACGCAGAUUUUCAUAAAAACAAACAGGUCCCUUAUAAGUUCCUCAAUUAGUGACAAACAUUUAAUUUUCCGACCUUGACCCUAGAGAAAAUCACUUUAUGUCAGUUUUCUGUAUGUGAGUAAAAUGAAGGAAGUUUCUGAUAAUAUUUACCUGUGUGAGCAGCCAUGGACCUGAUUAAAUGUACACUACUAAUUUGAUAUUACUUGGAACCAGAAGGCUGGCUUUAGAAAAAGCUUUGGUUUGCCAUCUAAAUUCAAAUGAAGCUGGCAGAUUAAGCUGCGAGUAGGCAGAGGCUAAUAUACCAGCUGGGUACCAGAAGAGGCAUGCCAUUAAACCUCAAAUAUAGAGUAUAAAAAUUGAUCAGUUCAAAAUUCAAGAAUUAAGUGUUUCACCGUCUGUGCUGCUAAAUCAUCUGUAAAUGUGGAACCUUUCUGUAAAGCAUUUUGUAUAGCUAAGUGGUGAGAAAUGAUACUUUUAUAAAUUUGUGAAGGCUAUUUUUUCAUCAUAGAUUGUGAUUUAGAUUUGAAUAGUUGGAAUUAAAUCUAGAUACAUUGAGUAGAAAAGUGCUUAUUUCACAGUAGUUUCAAACAACUUUCCAUUUUAGUUUACUUCUUUUUAGGGUUGGAUACUUCUUCUCUUUUUGCACAAGCAUAAGGCAUUUCUACACAUGCAAAAAAUAACAUUUUUUGCUGAUCUUGCUUAAUGGCUACAGUCCUUCUGUAGCAAUUUUGUUUCAGUGAGUUUCCCAACCUUAGAGUAUAAAUUUAGGUGCAAGGGACACCGAAAAGACAAAUUCGGUGAGCAGCAUAGAUGUUAGCAUAGGAGCCAAAUCCUAGGGGCCUUGGUCCCUUUGGCCCCCCAAUAAAAUAUUUGAGGGGGCCUGGGCUCCCCAAAGUUUAUGGGCAUUGCCAUUCAAAUGGUGUGUGUGUGUGUGUCAUGUCUUGUGAUUGAUUAUAUGGGGCAGGCCUUACCUGCCCCCCAUAUGUCAUUCAAGUUUGCACCCCUGAAUGCUAGCAUUCAAGCCUAUUUUCUUACUGCAUUCUGAAAGGCCAAAUUUUAAUGAACUUGUGAAUCUCUCCAAUAGAAAGAUUGCUAACUUAAGGUAAUACUUGCUGGUUUCAUUUUUAAAGCCACCAGACAAACUCUAGCACUCAGCUGAUUUCUUUUGUUUCAAUUGGUGAUUCUAUGUCAGUUCCAUGUCCAUUUCUGUGUUUUGGGCCCAUCUCCACUUCCACUUGAUGGCAUCAGGCCCGAUCUGACCCCAGUUGUUAUACCAGCUUCAGGAUGCUCCCACCUUGCAUUGUGCCCUGACUGGCAUAAGGGACGGGCUGCAGAUGUGGCAGUGGCUAUGCUGCUGUGUCAUUUCCCAAUGCUACGGUUUGGAUUGCUUUGCCAAUCACUAGAAUAUGUUAAUUAACAGAAAAAUAGAGCAUUCUUUAUCAGCGGCUUAGAGGUUUUAUUUACAAUUGAGCGGUACAUAAAUUUUGUUCAGUAAAUUUACAAUAUCUAGGAAUCUAUAUUUUAUAUAAUAUAGAAUUUGUGUUUUCCUGUAUAUAUUGCUUAGUUAAAGUGUAACUUUGGUCAUUGUAUGAGUGAAGCAACAGUGCUUUUGGAAUGUUAACUAGAAGAGACUUAAGUCUCUCACUAUGUAUAUUCUUGUUAAACUGCUUAGAUGUCACACAUAACUUCUUAUAUUUAUUACAGACUUCUGAGUUCCCUAGGCUGUUCUUAAAACCUAGUAAAUCUCAUCUUUCCUCUUCAUCUCGCCUUUCCUUUUAUUAAUAGGUUGGAACAGAGAUACAAGUUUUCCUGUGCAGAAACAACUAAGGGCAUAUAACUUUGAGGGAAGAACUGCUAGUUAUUUAACAGAGCUAUUUAUUUUUAGGAGGUGAAUAGGAAGCAUACUGGGUUAGAACCAAACUGAUAGCACAGGCGUAUUCAUGUUUACUCAGAAGUAAGCGCUACUUCAGUGGGGUUUACUUUGAGGUGAGUAUAGGGUUGCAGCCAUAAUCAUUCUUGGAACUGACCCAUGACUAAGUAUGGAUCCAACUCAUUGUCUGUAAGUAAAUAUUCAUAAUUUGAAGAGACAGUACAAAAUACUCUGGCUGAGGGGACUGAGCAGACAAUCUUGCCAAUUGCAAAGCAUGCUGAACAUGGCUGCCAGUCUGACUCUGACUUUGAUUUGACUCCACUGGAUCACCUGGCUGAAGGAGCAACUUGUGCAGAGUUUAUUCUUGCAGAAUUUUUUAAAAAAUGUAUGCAAGGGCAAGUAUCAGUAAUUUGUUUCAUUCAAAGAUGUUUUCAGGUAGACCUGGAAAUAUCUGAAAAGGUUCAAAAUAUAAAAUCAUAUCUUGUUGUUUUUCUAGAGGCCUUGUGCACCUCGGCCUGCCUAGUUCAGUUUGUUGGGCCAACUUCCUGUCAGUCUAAGAGUCUCUAACUAACCUUUUGCUUCAGCUGCUGUAAAUUGAGAGAAAUUGGGUUGGAGAAGGAAGGAUGAGAACCCUGCAGGCCCUGAAGAAAGAGUUGGGGUCUAUCCAGUUAUAUUUUUCUAAACUGAGAGAGAACUAACAGCGAAACAUUACUGUAUGAACCUAGCAGAACCAGGGCUGAAGGACUGAGCCAGAAGACACUUGGGGCAGAAAACUGUAAGUUCUGGAGACAGUUUUCAGAGUUCCUUGUUAGCUAGGACAAGCACAAACCAUGGUCUGUGUCUGGCACUCUACUGGGAUGUUUUUAGCAGCAACAGAGGUGGCAGCAGCUAUCCUGCUUUUCUUUUUCUUUUUUAACCCAUAUAUAUGCCCCUCACCCCUGAGGCCACAAAUAACACUUAAUACCGUAUGGUGUCAGGAGUCACAUUGUUUCCUCUGUGAGCUAACAGAAGGCAGUACAGUGGUACCUUGGGUUACAGACACUUCGGGUUACAAACUCUGCUAACCAGGAAGUGGUUGCUCCAGGUUAAGAACUUUGCCCCAGGAUAAGAAUGGAAAUUGCGUACCAGCAGCGCAGCGGCAGCAGAAGGCCCCAUUAGCGAAAGCACACCUCAGGUUAAGAACCGUUUCAGGUCAAGAACGGACCUCUGGAACGAAUUAAGUUCUUAACCCGAGGUACCACUGUACUGAAAAUCUGCCAUGCAGUCCCUGUUGACUGCAGCAUAACAUGGAGCACUUUAAGCCACCAGCUGAGUUCUGCUUAACCCCCCAGUCUUGGUGAAAACUGACAGCUAUCAGUUAUAGCAGCAUGAGUUUGAUGAAGCAGCAGGAAUAGAUAAUAACUUUCAGAAUGAUCCAGUGACCUUUGCACUGGUGUAAUUGCCACUGAGUUAGGAUUUAUAUUGUUGCAAGGCCAUUGGAUUGACCUGUUAGUUACUGUAUAGUAGAUAAUAACUGCUAUGGAGAAAUGGCCACUAAAAUAGGAUGUAAGGAAAGGGAAAAAACAAUUUGUGUGCAUUUGGCUUUUUAAAAAGUUUCUGACUGGAUUUGUGGGAAAUCUGCUUUUUAAAAAAAACCUGGGAGAAGAAAGAGAGAAGUUCAUGAGGUCUAAGACCUAUGUAAUUUUAGCUUCUCCAGGAACAGUCUUGGGAAGUCUAUGCCUGAACUUGCCUAGUCUGAUAUGUGGCUAGCCUUUGUCUCCUUCUAACUAACAUAAUGAAUGGUGGCAUGGAUGGCCCUGUAGAAUAGAUGCUAUCAAACAUAGAGUGGUGUCCUUUGUUUUGAUAGGACUUAAACAAGUAUUCGGUGUUUGAGAACUUGCAUUUCCAGACCAAACAUAGCUAGCAAAGUUGCCAAAAAGGAACAUAGUACAGUAAGCCUGCAACUUACGCACAUUUAACAUUUGCACAUUCAGCUGUACACAUUUGGCCAAAAUCUUUUUUUAAAAAAAGUGGGGGAAAUGAGUUUGGCCAUCCUACCCAUCAUUGUACCCAAUGUGUUUUGACUAAACACAAUUUUGGCUUUAUGCGUGAUCCCUGGAAUAUAACCCCUGUGUAUGUUGUAUUAUUGAUUAAUCUUCAAUAAACAAGCAUAUUCCCUUGAAAUGUUCUGUUGUUAUUCAUUGUUUGAUUACACUGUAUCUCUGUAGUAGUCAAAGUAUGUUCUACAGUUCCAUUUGUUUCUACAGAUUUUACAUGGAAUAUUUCUGUUGGCAUUGUAACUUUUCAUCUUUGCUUUUCAUCAAGUGUGUUGGAACUUUUUAAAAGCUUCAUAUAAGCAUUGAAUUCCUUUUUAUUAGUGGGAAAGGCUGCACUGAGAAUUUUGCUUAAAUCUGGCAAUAUGGUUUGUACUUUGUAUCUGUUCAGCAAGUUACCUCCAUUAGAGCUAGCUGCACUGACAUUAAUGAACAGCCAACAAAUAAUUGUGAAAGGUCAGCGUCUUGCUAGGGACAAUAAAUUUUCUUUCCAAAUGAGUAAAUAGGAUAUUUCACCAUCCGUUCCUUGACACUAGUAUACGUGUGGGAUGGUAAACCUAAAGCGCUAAUGUUGCAGUCUUAAAACAUGUUUUGGAAGUAAGUUGCACUAACAUCAGUGGUUUGUCUAUUUAGAAUCAUGAUCUCAGCCAUUGAACCUUAUGAGAAAGAAUACAGCUCUGGAAUCAAAAUUGUCCUAUGGCUGUGGCAAAGGAAUAAAUGAUCUACAGGGGUAUUGCUCUUAUUUUUCAAGGCUUAGUGUUAAAGAAGACUGUGGCUGGAACUGUUUUUUUGUAGCCUUCUUGAGACAUCUAAUUGUUCAAAACCAUGUAGCUGCUGCUAUCUGUAUUUUGACCUUCCUAAUGCCAUAUAGAAGUGACAUUGCCCUUUUCUGCUUACAGUUUUCCCCCUGUGGUGAGCGCGCUUUGGUAAGUGGGACGAAAGCAUGCCCUGCCUGCAGGUUAUUCCUUUUGUGCUUGGCCCUGAGAGAACAAAGUCUGUAAAAUGUGUGAAUAAAAAGUAUAUGAUUGCUCAGUUGGUUUUAGAAGUAGAUUUUUUAAAGAGUGAGAGGAGAGACAGACAGACCACAUGUCAUUCAGACCACAUGUCAUUAAAUCCUCUGUCCUGAAGCAACAUGAACUUUUAUGGUUCAUCUUGGUUGUCAUAGAUCCCUUUUAACCUGAUAGUGAUUUUUUUCUUGUAUUUGUAUUUUUCAUCUUGUCUUUCCUGAAGAGCAAGCUGGGAUAGCUCAAUCGCUAGAGCAUGAGACUCUUAAUCUCGGGGUCAUGGGUUCCAGUUCCACUUUGGGUGAAAGAUUCCUUCAUUGCAGGGGGUUGGACUAGAUGAUCCUUGUGAGCCCUUCCAACUCUACAAUUCUUUGAAUUAUUGUGCACUAUAAUACAUAAGUAUAUGCAUAAUGAAAUGUUCUAAAAACCCAGACCUUUAUUACUGUUGGACGGCAGCUAUUGUAGUUGUAUAUGCAAGCUGGCACAGCACACCAAUUUUUCUCUUAAGGCUAGUGGAGCAGAUAAGAUUUUAUGUGAAUCAGAAUUACACUUGUUUUUUAUUUAAGACUUGUGGAAAUAAAGCCACGUGACUCUUGAUUGCCUUGAUUCAUAAUCAGUGUAUAAAUACUGCUGUACUCUGUAUGAUGUUGAGAGGACUUUCUGGCUCUCAUGAGAUCAGAUGUACUCUUCAGGUACCUGAAUAAUGAGCUAAAGUGAAUCAGACGUCAUGUGGCUUAAUUUACACAACAUAUUGCUUGCAGCAGUCUUCCCCACCACCCCAAUGCUUUAGUAUGUUGUCCAAACCCAGGCUUGUAGUUGAUCUCUUUACUUACUAACUACAAGCCCUGGGUUCAGACAGCACACUAAGCCAAACUUUGGUACAGGAACUGGGAACUUCUCCAGGAGCCUGCAUAUUCGCAUGGUCACAGUAAACCAUAUUUUGAAUUAAGGUGUCAUGUGAACUAGGCCAGCUUUUGUUGGUUGGGUGUGUUCACGCACUAACACACUCAAGCUUACUAUAUAGUUGUGUUGGCUGUAUGUACUGAAACAUUUGCUAACCGGAAAUGAAGCAAGAUGCAAUCCAGCCAAAGCCCAAUUCAUUUAAGAGUUAAGCUUGUAUGUCAGGCAUGUCCAAAGUCCGUUUUGGGGGCCUAAUCAGGCCCGCUGGUUGGUUUAAUCUGGCCCCUGUGGCAGUUUAUAUCCAGAGGUGAAAUCUUAAAAAAAAACAAAAACCUCAACAACUUUAACCUCCAAAAAAGCUCAACAACUUCAUUCCAAAGAAAAGCUCAAUAACUUUGGUUGGCCCUUUGGUCAGCCCUCAUGGCCCUUCACUUCAUCAAGUCUGGCCCUCUUUGAAAAAGGUUUGGACAUCACUGUAAUGUAUGUUAACUCUUUUUGAAAUAAAUGUAACUGAAAUUAUUGAGAUAUGAAACUCCUAAUUUGGCUGGAUUGUGCUUGUGUGUAAAUUUUUAUUAGUGUCAAUGCCUUGCUCAAGUGCUUUUCUUUGCAGAAUUAUUAAGAAAUCUUAAAUUCAUGGUUUAAUUAUUGUUGGAGUCAUUGGGGCUUGAACUGAAAUAAUCUGUUUUGCAAGGUAACCUGAAAAUAGCUUCAAUAUAGCUUCAAUAAUAGAGAUCUUAAAUUUUAAUGCCACUAAUGUCACUUUCUAAAAAGGGACCUCUCAAGUUCUACAGAACAGUACCUUAAAAGAUUUCUAAAAGAUUUUGAUCAAGUUUUCUGUUGAGAUCUCUGUUUGAUCAAAUCUUGGAAACAUGGAAGUUGAGAGCAUUUCUUUAACAGUAAAAACUGAACUGUCAAAACUGUGGUCAUACUAGACCAGGGGUCAGCAACCCGCGGCUCCGGAGCCGCAUGUGGCUCUUUUACACCUUUGCCGCGGCUCCGGGGCGGAUACUAGUGAGGGGAGGAGGCGCAUUGUGUGCCCCGACACUCCCCACUGUGGCGGGCGUUGUACUGGCUGUGACGUCGCAUGGGGGCGGUGCAUGCGUUAGUCACACACCGUCCCGACUGCACCUUCCCGCCCGCUGUCAGAUUGCGGCUCCGGAGAUAUGUUUGUUUUAAAUGUCGCAAUGGUUUUGCGGCUCCCAGUUUUUUUUCCUUUGGAAAUGGGUCCAAGUGGCUCUUUUUGUCUUAAAGGUUGCAGACCCCUGUACUAGACCUUAUAUUCUGGGCUUCUUUACUUCACCUAUAAACAAUGAUGUAAGAAUAAUCUGACUAGGAAUUGGAAUUGUUUGCCAUGUAACCUGGCAGUGCUUGUUCUAUAUUGUUGUCUAGAACUUUGUAGUUUGAAUGAUUAUUCUAACAGAACAGGAAGCAGUCUUGAAAUUGUGUUUUCCAACUUAGACUGGAAAUUCAGAUGGAUUUUCGAUUGCUUUUUGCAUGAUGGUGAGUGAAAAAACAAAACCUCAGAAAUAAGGCAAUGUAAGGCAAAUAAGGCAAUGUAAAGUGCUUGGUUGAUGCUGGUUAAAGAUCGUUUGGAACAUGGAAGUUGCCAAAGGCCCAGUACCAUAUUUUGAAUAUACUGAGCUUUGCGAGAAAUUUUCUUUAAAAAACAUGAAUAGGUAAAGAGGUACAAAGAAACCACUGGGUGCUUGAUUCUGCUUAAUAACUGUAUUUGGAAAUAGAUGAACAAUAUUAUGCAAGAAAAUUUGUAAAUUUGUUGCUGGCUGUGAAAUAACUUCAUAAUUGAAUAUGUCUAAUUCAAAUAAUGGCUAUAUCUGAGGUAGAAAAACAGUAAUCAUUGAAAAGUUAAAAUAUUUUAUUCUCACAUAUAGGAAGCAAUCCCACCCCCAACUCUGAACACUAAUAUAAAAAGAAGCAUUCUCAAUAUAGCAUUUCCUCCUUCACAUCCACUUAUUUCCCCAUAAGCCGCCUUGUUAUAUUUUCGCCACAAUGUUUCAUUUCCCAUUUGUCUGUGAUGCUUAAAGCCCCUCCGCCCAAUCAACCUUGCAGGAAAAUUCACAAGACAAUCAAAAAAUGCAGCCAAAUGGUUUGGAGAGAGAUUAUUGAGUGAAGGCAGAACUGCCCAACUCCUAUUUUGUCUUCUCUGAUAAAGGGAACUAUGUGCAACCUUGCCUAAGUAGUUGAUUGAGGGGUCAGGACUGCAGUUCAAGACUGAAAUUCAAUAAUGGACAUUUGGAGAAACUUCUUAAUGGUGAGCAGUUAAAUAAUGGAACUAAUUACAUGAGAUAGUGGUUGCUCUCCCUUGCAGGAGUUCUUCAAGCAGAGGCCGGGUAGCCAUCUGUUGGGAAUUCUCUUGCUUUGAAUUUCCUGCAGAGGGCAAGGGGUUGCAUUAGAUGGCCUAUAGCACUCCUUUUAAUGCUUCUAAGGGUAGCCCUGAAGCAGUUGACAAUUAUGAAGCAGAAAGUUACUGUUUGGAAUGGGGGAGGAGGGGCUGCAGCUCAGAGACAUAAUUAAGUCUGCCAGGUUGGCUGCUUUGAGCUAAUGAUGCUCACCUUUCUCACUUCUUCAGACAGCAGCUUGCAAAAGUCUUAAGCAGAAGCCUUUCCCAACACCAGCUAUUUGAGUCUUUUUAUUAAAAAAUGGAGGUGUCACUGAUUGAAUCUGGGACCUGAGGUACCACUUUAGCUAAUGGGGCCUCCCACUGCCACCGCCACAUCACCGCCGCACGAUUUCUGUUCUCAUCCUGAGGUAAAGUUUUUAACCCAAGGUACUACUUCACGGAGUCUGUAACUUGAAGUGUUUGUAACCCAAGGUACCAUUGUACCAUGUCUUCUUCAGCAUCCUGUUUCCCAGAGUGGUCAACCAAAUGUCUAUGGGAAGCUUCAAGACAUGAAUGCUGUCUCCCACAGUUGUUCUGUAGUAACUUAUAUGCAGACAUACUAGGCUCUGAUCCUGGAGCCGGCAUAUAGCCAUCAUAAAAAGCUAAAGGUACCCCUGCCCGUACAGGCCAGUCGUGUCCGACUCUAGGGUUGUGCGCUCAUCUCGCUUAAGAGGCCGGGAGCCGGCGCCGUCCGAAGACACUUCCGGGUCACGUGGCCAGCGUGACGAAGCUGCAGCUGGCGAGCCAGCACCAGCGCCGCACACGGAAACGCCGUUUACCUUCCCGCUAUAAAGCGGUACCUAUUUAUCUACUUGCACUUAGGGGUGCUUUCGAACUGCUAGGUGGGCAGGAUCUGGGACCGAACGACGGGAGCUCACCCCACCGCGGGGAUUCGAACUGCCGACCUUACGAUCAGCAAGUCCUAGGCACUGAGGUUUUACCCACAGCGCCACCCGCGUCCCCGUAGCCAUCAUAACUUUUAGCAAUUGAUAGUUCUAUACCAUAUGAAGGAAGAAUGCAACCUCAUGUGGUUUGAGCAUAUAGUUGAGAACCAUGGUUCAAUAGCCAUUCUCUCUCUUCCUUGAGCUCUUCUAUUUCAAGAACAUAGUUACUGACUAUGGUAAGGAAGGAGGAAUAACAGAAUCAUAAAAUUGUAGAGUUGGAAAGGACCACGAAGGUCAUCUAGUCCAAACCCCUGCAAUGCAGGAAUCUUUUGCCCAAUGUAGGGCUGGAACCCACAACCCUGAGAUUAAGAGUCUCAUGCUCUACUGACAUAUCCCCCUCUAAAAACAUAGCAGCAAGCUGUUUUUUUCAGCAGAGUGGAUGUGGGAAUAGAUCUUGUAUGUGAGGAAUGGAUAUAACAAGAGGUGCAGAGAAAGUAUUUUAAAAAAAACCCAACACCUGCUAAAACUGUUAAACUUGUAUGAACCUUCUGAAGAGACUAUAACUUAACCUGUUGGAGUUCUAAGAAUUUCUAACUUGCUUGACUGCAUUUAUUUAAAAUGUUUUGAUAAAGACCCUUUUGCAGCUUUUUUGCUUGUAGCUGUUUGUUCUGUUGGAGUAGCUAGCUGUACACUUUGUGCUUUCUGACCCAGAUUUCUUAUGCCUGGGGUCUAGGAAACUGACUUCAAAUGAAUAAGCUAAGAAAACCAAACUGUGUUCCAACACUUAAAACAUUCUGUUAUGCUCUGUCUGAAUAUUAAUAACUACAAUUUCACUGACACAGUUAUACUGAAAAGCCUUUAAUUUUUUUAGUAAUCUUAAGAUCAACACAAUGGGGUCAUGUGUGUAUCAUCCUCAGCAAUUCAUCAUUCCUAUUCUAUGUUUAAUGUACUAUUUUGGGCCAAAUUAUGUCCUCCAAGCAUUUCUUGAGCCAAGGAAUUUCCUUCUGAACCAGGCUGUUGUCCUGGUCUAACUUUCCUACACCACAGUGUAGCAUAAAUUCUUGUUCAUGGUGUGCUCCAAAAGGUGCAAUUUGGGCAUUGUAUUUUGUUGGGCAUUACUGAGCAAUGGAGGAUGGUAAAUGUUCUCGGACUAUAGUCAGCAUUAUCUUAUUGCGGAUCAUUGUUCCUAAAAUUAUCCUAAUCAAUGUCUUCUAGGGGUUUUGCCAUAGUUCUUCAAGCUUUGGCUACUUGAAUCUCCUUUCAAUUUUUUCAUGUCUCAUGUAGUUAGAUAGUAUUUGAUACUGCCCCUUUGAAGUUAGCUUGGUACUUCCCAGGAAAUCUCUCUACUCAUCUGUAACAUUUCCUCUGGUUAGCAAAUGCAGGCAACUCCCUAUUUACGCAGGUGAAACACCAUUGGAAAAGCCUGCAAACACCCUCUAAACCUCUGGAAGCUCUUGAAAAACCCUUUAAUAAACCAAAAGCACUUACCAGAUGCCACAUUCCACCACAGUUGCUCCCUCCAAACCUACUUGCUCAAACUCCAGCUCUCCACAGGUUUCAACAGUCAGUGCAAGGGCUUCUGGGAUUGCAGCUGUAAAGGCUCGUGUGUCCACACCUUUUUUUUAUCCUUUCUGGGCUCUUUUAGGGCCAUUUCAGCCAUUUUAAAAGUCACUCCCGGGUUCUGUGCAGUGCACACAGUUGCAGUCAUACAUCAUUGGACUCACAUAAAUUGGUCUUUGCCUGUAAUGCUAACCCAUGGUUUGUUUAACAAAACUAUCUGUUUAUCAUAAGUUCUCCCACAGAUGAUCUAGCAAACUAUGACUUGUUUUUCCAAACUUGUCUUCUGUUUUCCAGCUGCUGUUUGUAGUUAGGUGAGUGUCUGGGGUGGAGUGGUCAAAUAAGCCAUAGUUAAUGAAGAGUACUGUGUUCACAUGAAACAGCAGGCCAUAGUUAAAACAAACCAAGGUUUGUAAGCAAACAACAAACCAUGACUUCAGAUCAUGGUUUGUUGGCUGUAAACAAGCUAUACAAACUGCUGGACAGGCUUCAGCCAUAAUGAUAAACAAUUGUGUAGCACUAUGUGUGACCCAGACUAAUAGUGGUUCAAAUUGAUUAUCCAAACUCGAGUACUAGAGGCAUAUGUUUGAUCUCCAUACUUUAGACUAAAGUGUUGUGUCUUACCAUUUUUCUGGCUGGAUGUUCACUCUUAAUUUGUGCCUAUAUUAUGUCCACUACUUAAUUUUUUCUGAUUAAGUUGUUUAUAGUUUUAUCAUCAUUUUUUUAAAUGUGCAAGCUACAUUUCCUCAAUUAUAUAGGAUCAGUCAGUAAUACAUUUGACAAGUUUGUGCAGGAAGAGAUUCAGAAUUGAAAUGGAAAUGAAUUGAAAUGGAGAAGAAGAUAGCUUGUGAAUUCAGGGUCUUGUGACUUAAUAAAUGACUCUUAACAAUGAUGUGGCUGAUAUUUACCAGAAGUAGCUUUUUUCUCUCUGGAAAACAAGCCAUACUGCUGUUACAAUACCCCAUUCAGUUUCCCUCGUUGCACACAGUUGCAUAGUGCUGCUGCUGCUGUACAAAUCUCCAUUUUAUAAAAAGAUUGGAGGCCUAUGUUAGUGUGAAGCUUGUUCUGUUACACAACUUGAAAAAUUAAAACAGGAAGCUAUAGCAUUAUAUACCAAAUGCUUCUUUAAUAUGUUCGGCUAUUUUCCCUUGCCUGCUUUGCCUGCUUUUUAAGUCUUCUGGACUGGAAAAUGGGUAUUAAAAUUGCUAAAAGUAUGUAGAAAACUUUCUAGUCAGUGGUAGAGAUGUUCUUCCAAUGUCAUGGGAAGGAUUGAGGUGGUACAGAAGAGCCUGCUAUUCUGGGAUUAGAUCAGUAUGUUAGCUAGGUCACAGAUUUGCAAUCUGAUGCUCUGUGCUUCUCCUGUCCUGUUUAGGUAUUCAGGGACUGAUGCACCACAUGCUAUGACUCUGUAAGCACUGUAUACAGCGGGGCUAGAGCCACUCUAUCUGUCUCAAGCCUGGAACUGGUGAGGUUGGUGGCAUUAAAGGCUGGGCCAAACUACUUUUCCCUGCCCUCACACUUGCUACACAGCUAUGGUGGCUGUUGUUGCUGAAUGUCAAACAAGAAGAGCGGCAUGUAGAGAAGACCAUAUUUGCAUCCUGUCUUUUGCCUUCUUUCUUGCCCACAUGCACAACUUUUUUCCUCAUGCAAACAAGGCUUAAUUAAACCCUAGUCUACACCACAGCAGUUUCAAAGUCAAGUAAUGUAACGUGCAAAAGUUUCUGCUAGUGCAUACAACAAGUUGCUGCAUAUGUUUUUGUUGUAACAAAAUUGCUCCUAAGAGUGAGUACUGACAAAAUAGUAGCCAUCCAGACACUACUGGGAAGCAGUAGGAAGGGUUUGCGAAUACAGUGGUACCUCUGGAUAUGCACACCUCUGGUUGCGUAUCCUUCAGGAUGCGAACGCGGCAAACCCAUAAGUAUUUUUCCAGGUUUCGCCACAUGCGCAGAAGCACUCUACCGCCACGCGCGCAUGCGCAGAAGUGGUCCCUCCGGUUGCAGAAACCUCGGGAUCCAGCUGGAGCUCCGGAACAGAUGCUGUCCGCAACUGGAGAUGCCAUGUACCUGGAGCAACCCCCUGGAGUUUUCAGAAAUGCAGAAGAAAAAAAUUUUUUUGUGGGGAGGCAGAUGGAAUCAUAGAAUCAUAAAAGUUGGAAGGUACCCCCAAAGGCCAUCUCGUCCAAUCCCCUGCGAUGCAGGAAUCUCAACUAAAACAUCCAUGACAGGUGACCAACAAAAACCUCUGCUUAAAAAUCUCCAGAGAAGGAGAGUCCACUGUCCAACGGCUCUUACUGUCACAAAGUUCUUCCUCAUGUAAUGUUCUUCCUCAUGUAAUAGGGACAGCAUCCCCCAAACAUCCCAGUAAACACUGAGCAUACUUAGUGGCUAUAGAACAUUGAGUGUCUGAUUGGGGGUGGGAGAUUAGGACUGGAGUAUUCUGAAGGAGGGCACAGUUGGCUGGCUAGAACCCUGAACAGGCACAGCCCACAUUGCAACAUUUUGUUGCUAGUUCCAUUUGUGUUUCUUGAAUACAUUCCAUAUGAUUGCUCACAAUCUGAAUUACAUGUGCACCCCUGACCAGUUCCAGUUUUUACAUAUCACAAGCUUAGGCAAGUCUGGGUUUGGUUCAUUUUAUAUUCCAUUUGAAAAUUGUUGGUAUUUUCCUCAUUGAAUCUGUCUGACAAUAUAAGCUUUUUGAUAAUAUCCAGAGAUACAGGAGUGUUUGUUUUGUGAUUCAGUACUAGUAAGGGGCACAUUAAUUAGUCUUCACAAUCUCACAGUACUUAUUUUAAUUGAGUCUCUCUCUUUCUCUACCUGUCUGACCAAUACACAAAAAAUCUACACAAUUGUCAUCCUAGUGGUAGGUCCUGCACUUUGAAAAUGUGUCAAUGAUCACUUCAGUAUUGCCUCACCUGAUGUAUGAAUUCCAAGUGGAGGUUAGCCAGGCUUAGUUGCAAUCUCAGGUAGCAUUGUGAUAAUACAUAUGUAUAUGCAUGCAUGCAUGCAUGUAUAUGUAUGUAUAUUGCAUUACUCUGAGGCUUCUGUGGUCUAGACUGCAGUAGAUAAUCAUAAUAGUUCUUUCCUCUUCAGUGUAAAUAGCCCCUGAGUGAUUUCUGUGACGCAUUUAGGGAGGAAGGUGAAGGCUCUUGGCUUAGUGCAUGCAUCAAAAACUAAUUAAGUUGUGAACUGUUACUGCUGAGGCAGAUAUUACAAACAUCCUUAGUUUUAGACAGAGGAAAACCUCUGUUCAUUGUUACAAUAUAGUUUGUUACCAUUACAAAACCUGAAAUUUUCAGAAGUCUUAUGGGAAACUCUCUGUAAUGUUCCUGCUUCAGUAAUCUUCAAAUGAGCUAGCAUUUGGGGAAGAUAAAUGGCAUAGCGUCAUUGAAGGCCCUUGUGAUCUUAGAGUGAUUUUUGUAUCUGCUCCCCUACUCACUUCAGUCCAAGCACUAUGUCAUGAUAUCACAUUUCUUCUUGAGUGCCCUGGAGUCCUGAAAAAUUGUUGUGCAUCUUUUUUUGUUCAUGGUUGUGAACAGCAGGUAAAGCUAGACUGUCUUGGUCCAGAAUUUGUAUGAAACAGCUUGAGGGCGACUAAUUUGAAUGAGUUAAGAGAUCCUAGAAAGCCUACUUACACCUCAGUUGGGGAUCAGUUGUUGGGAGGCUAGUCCUUUACUAUGCCUAGAGUUUUGAGUCUUGUAAUCUGCUGUCCAGUAGCUGAGCACUUGUACAAUCAUGGGAUAAAUAACCCUAUCUUGAAUAUUAAAAGUAUUUUGGCUCAUUUUUUUUCAUUUUCUUCUUGUAAAUGUCUUGUAAUUUUUUUUUAAAGUCUGAGCUUUAAAAGUACAUUGUUAUUCCAUAAUGCUUUACUGCUGUUCUAAUAAAAUCAAUUUAAUGGAACAUUUGAAGCUGUGUUAUAUGGAGUCAGCUCAUUGGCCCACUUAACCUGGUGUUUCCUAUUUUAGGAAUGGCUUUCAAGGCUCCAAGCAGAGAUCUGUAGUGUGCCCACAACUUAAUUGUGCAGGUACUCCCCCCGCCCUGCCCUGUCUCCAAAAAAUGCUUCUGUAGUUAAAGUAUAAACAUAUCAGUGUGCAAUGUCUCUUUGAUCCUAUACAUUAGAUUUUUUCCCAACAAUGGAGAAUGAGGCAGUUUUGCUCAGGACAGGAUUUAUCAAAUAGACUAAUAAGACUCUGGCCUGGGGCCCAUGUUAAAUAAAGCCUGUGGUUUUCAUAAUAUGGGGCUGGUUUUGAUGAUGCCAGCACUGAAGGGGGGAAAGUUUAUUUAAUGAAUCAUUCAGGUCCAGUUUUCAUGUGUUCUCUGAUAGUGUAUAGCAGGCACGUCCAACAGGUAGGUUCUUUAUCUACCAGCAGAUCACUAGACAUCUGUGGUAGAUCACUGGUAGAUCAGCGGCUCCCCCCAAAGAAGCUGAACAACUUUGGCUCCCCUAAAAAAAGCUCAACAUUUUGGCCCUUCACCCCCCAACCCCCCAAAAAUGGGCCUUCCCUCCUCCCUAAAAGAAGCUCAACAAGUUUGACCUGAACCCCCCACAACAGGGCUUUUUUGACCUGAACACCCUAAAAGGGGGUAGAUCACUGCCAGUCUUUAACUCUGUGAGUAGAUCACAGUCUCUUGGGAGUUGGCUACCCCUGAAGUAUAGGAACUGGAGUAGGGCUAAGCCACAGGACCAACUGCCAUAGAAGAAGAAGAAAAGUUUGGAUUUGAUAUCCCGCCUUUCACUCCCUUUAAGGAGUCUCAAAGCGGCUAACAUUCUCCUUUCCCUUCCUUCCCCACAACAAACACUCUGUGAGGUGAGUGGGGCUGAGAGACUUCAAAGAAGUGUGACUAGCCCAAGGGCACCCAGCAGCUGCAUGUGGAGGAGUGGAGACGCGAACCUGGUUCCCCAGAUUACAAGUCUACCGCUCUUAACCACUACACCACAGGGUGGGCUCGUCAUACUUAUGUGGAUGAUACCUACCUCUACUUCUCCAUCCUACCUGAAACAGAUUGAAGCUGUGAUGAUGCUGAGCUGUUGUCUGGAAGCAGUGAUGGGCUGGAUGAGGGCCAGCAAACUGAAAUUGAAUCCUCACAAGUUGAAGGUGGUGGUGGUAGCUGAUUCCUGUGUCUUGGGAAUUGAGUAACUAGCCUGCUCUAGACGGAAUCUCCCUGUCUCUGGAAGAGCAGGUCUUGUACCUUGGGUAUGCUCCUGGAUCUAGUAUUGUCAUUGGAGGCCCAAGUUGCUUCUAACUUGGAUUGGUUUGCUAGCUACUGUUUCUAGAAAGAGAUAGUCAGGCCACAGAGCUAUAUGCUCUGGUAAACUUGUGUGUUAAUUACUGCAUUGCAGUCUGUGUGGGGUUGCCUUAGAAGAUAGUCCUCGAAUCUUUAGCUAGUGUAGAACACUGCUACUAGAAUACUUAUUAUAACAUUUUUGUGGGAUCAUAUUACAGCUACUGUGCAAGAUCUGCACAGGCUGCCCAUACAUUACCAGACCCAAUUUAAGAUAUUAAGGAUGCCCUAAAUAGCUUAGGAUCCAAGUAUUUGGUGGACCACCUUUCCCUCCAUUAGCCAACCCAGACUCUGAGAUCAGUGGAGGGGGCCUUUCUCAAGGACUCACUGGCAUGUUUGGGCCUUAUUUGAAGUGCCUCCCCAACUAUGGAAUCCCUUCUGGAGGCAUGGAUGGCUCUAUAACUAUUGGGCUACUGACACUAAGUUAAAACACAUUUGUUCACCCAGGCCUUUAUUGGUGUUGGUUUAUUUAAGAGACUGCUGUGAUGGGAGUAUUAUGUCUGCUGUUGUGUUAACUUGAGAAGUGUGAUAAUCCUAUAAUUUUAAUUGUGUGUGUGUGUGCAUUUGUAAACUGCCUUAAGAACUUUGGAUGGAGGGCAGCCUAUAUGUUAAAUAGUGAUAUUUUAUAGAAUCUUUUGUGCGUGUGCAUGAGAAUUAUUUGAUUCUACAAUACUAAUAAAUAAAUGAGACAUUAAUAAUAAAUUGGAUAUCCUAGCUCUCUGUGGCACCACUGAGUGACAGCAUCACUUGUCACAGGUUGAUACAAAUUGGCCAUAUUCUGUUAAAUAGCUGCUGAAGCCUUGGAAAACUCAAGACAAUAGGUUGGUUGAUAGCAAAUGCUUGUAUAACAAAUGCACCCUUCUUUCCUUUAAAAGCACCAGAUCUCCUUACAGCUUUGUGUAGUAUGUGACAGACAAUUUUGAAAAUAAUAGCCUAUUUUCAGUUUCAUGUGCAUUUAGAGCAGCUAUUCCUUGUAUACUGAAUACAUGUUGUAUCUGUUGCAUUUCUUGCUGCAAAGGGGAUGUGGGUGUAAAAUUCUAAAUGUAACUUGGUUUGAGUGUGCCACAGUUUUCUGAGAAAUGGCAUAUGUGUAAUUUCGAAUAAGACUGACAUUAUGAACAGAAGUGUGUGAAAAGUGGUGGGGUUACACUUCUCUCCCCCCCCCCCCAAGAAAAGAAACAAGAUUUUUGGAACCUGACAACUUUUAACAUCCUGAUUUAUGGAUUUUGAGGUCAGUUUGAACCUCAAAAUUUCAGAAUUGAAAUUUGGCAGAGAUUAAAAAAAAGCUAUCUUGAAUGAAGCAGUGAAAAUGUACAAUAUUGUAUUUGCUGAAUACUUAGAGGAUGUUUCUGUCAAAAUUCACAAAAGAGAAUUUGGGUGGGGAAACUUGGUUUUUGUUGUUGUUGUUUUUCUAACGAGUACUAUAGUAGCAUAUCUCUCCUCCCCAUUAAUAUUUAGGCAGCACCACUAAUGUAAUUCCUGAAGAAUAAGAAGUGGAAACUUUUGUCAGGCGGACCUUUGUUGUAAGGUUUCAUCUUUUUGGUUCUGGAGCCAUUGUUUCAAAUUAUAUGCAGAGCUGCUGCCAGUGUGAACAAUAUUGAGGUAGAUGUGCUGAGUCUGUAUAAGGCAGCUAGUUCCUAACUGCUUACCUCAAUAAGAAUAAUAAGAAUCAGAAUAAAAUAAUUUUUAUUCAUACCCCACCCUCCCUGGCCAGAACCGGGUUCAGGGUGGCUAACACCAAUAAAAUUACAAUAAAAAGUAAUAGGAAAAAAACAAAACAAUAACAACAACAAAAAACAGUUACCGUAUUUUUCGCCCUAUAGGACGCACUUUUCCCCCUCCAAAAAUGAAGGGGAAAUGUAUGUGUGUCCUAUGGGGCGAAUGCAGGCUUUCGCUGAAGCCUGGAGAGUGAGAAGGGUCGGUGCGCACCGACCCCUCUCGCUCUCCAGGAUUCAGGAAGCUAUCCGCAAGCCUUGGGAGCUCCGCGGGAGUUCCCGUCGGGCUCCCAAAGCUUGCGGAUAGCAGCCUGCAUCCCGAAGCCUGGGGCGCGCUGCACAGCGCGCCCCGGGCUUCGUGCAGAUAUUGGGCAGCCCCACAAGCUUGAGGGACGGCGGGGAGGCGGAGCGCCGCCGUCCCGCUAUUCCCCAACCUGGUUUGGAGGCUGGCGCUGGGAGAAGCGCGCUUCUCCCCAGCGCCAGCCCCACGAGCUCUGGGGACAGAUAUCCGCAAGCCUGGGGAGACCGGCACGACUUCCCGCCGGGCUCCCUAGGCUUGCGGAUAGCAGCCUGUUCUGGGGGCUGGGGGGAAAAUAAAUUUGUUUCCCUUUAUUUACCCCCCAAAAAACUAGGUGCGUCCUAUGGGCCGGUGUGUCCUAUGGGGCGAAAAUUAUGGUAGUUAAAAUACAGGUUAAAAUACAAUUUAAAAUGCAGCCUCAUUUUAGUAGUAGCCCAUAAAUCAGUUUUGAUUUAUAAGGGAAGGGAAGGGAAACAUAAGGGUCAGACUGAGUCCAAACCAAAGGCCAGGCAGAACAGCUCCAUCUUGCAGGCCCUGCGAAAAGAUGCCAAGCCCCGCAGGGCCCUGGUCUCUUGUGACAGAGCUUUCCACCAAGUCGGGUCCAGUACUUAAAAGGCCCUGGCCCUAGUUGAGACCAAUCUAACCACCUUGCGGCUCGGGACCUCCAAAGUGUUGUUAUUUGUGGACCUUAAGGUCCUCCGCGGGGCAUACCAGGAGAGGCGGUCCCGUAGGUCUUUCUGCUAUUUGAGGCUGGAUAAUGUGUUGCAAUACAUGGAGCAAUCUCCCUGGAUAUGGGCUGCCACAGAUUCAGGUUCCAGCUUGACACUGAAGUUCACAACACAGUGUUGUAGCUAUUUGGCUAAAUUUAUGCUUGACCCAAGCUUUUGAUUACAUCAUUAGAAAUGCUGGUUAGUAAAACGCAUGUACUGUAUAUGGCAAAUCCAAUGUGGGUAUAGUACUCACGUAAGUCAACUUGGUGUUUACCAACCUUUUGUUCUGAGAGAAAGAUGGACGUAAUGCUCUAUGAACAGCUGUGCAAAGCUACGUCAGAGUUCAUUAAUGCAGAGCUUUGCUCCAGGGGAAUGGGCAGCAUUAGUACCCUUGAUCCUCUAUGCUACAUGUGGCUGAAUGUUUACUAUGAGCUAUAUUUAACGCAACCAACUAAUUAAGAAAAAGAGAGCCUUCUUGGUCUGUGUUUCAUUCAUGUCUGGGUUGCUUACUUCUGCUAGAGCAAACCACCACUACAGACGUUUAGGUUGGGCAUGGAAAAUGAUUUUUGAUAAAAAGAUAUUUUACUCUCAAGCGUAAUCCUACUUCUGUUUUUGUUCAGUGGCUUAAUGGUUUGAAAUCCCCCAAAUUAUAACUAAUAAAUGAUAAAUCAGAUAAAUUAUUUGUUAUUUUGAUUCCCACUAAAGUGAAUCCAAUAUUCCUUGACUUCAAGUGGAAAAUUUGUUUUUGCAUCUUUCACUAUAUGCUGUCUGUAUAACUUCCAAAUCACUUUUGUUAUCCAGCCAGUAUCAUUUCGGCUAUGCUGAUUCAAACAGCAUAUUGGGUACACCAGACCUUUGAAAAAGCAGAUUUCAAAUGUGAAACUUUCUAUGAACAAGCAUGAUCUCCAGCUUGCCUUCCCACAACCCACCCCAUUUAAAAUAAAAUUAAAGGACUGCAUGACUAUAUAUAUUGGAUUUCAACUACCGUAGUUUUCUAUAUGAUUUUUGACAAGGAAAUACUUACUUAAAUAUUCCUAGUCCCAUUGCCUUGUCUGUCUCCAGCAACAUCUUGGCUAUAUUCAUAAUUUUAAUGAUAGGAUUCUUCCUGGACAUUUCUUCUCCAGCAAAAAGAUUAUGUAUAUCCCUAUGUCAGGAGUUAUGAAAAACUGGUUUACAAAGUGUCUUGGAUUUUAAAUGGCUGAAACUGGUUUUACAGAAGAUAAAUUCAGUGUAGCAUGAAGCUGGACAGCCUGACCUAAAAAUGAUUGGCUGCUGCUAUACCAAUGUAUUUUCACCAGCGUUAGCUAGUCAUGUUCCUAGUCCUUGUUGGCAACAUAAGCUCACGUCACAUGUAAAUACCACAUAUUGUAGCCCUUCUUGACCAAGGGGACAUUCAGCUUGAAACCAGAACAGAAAUAAGAAAGUUAUGUGGGCUGAGGAAGUGGGAGAAAGAGGUGGAAAAGCAGAGUCAUAGUAAAUAGGGGAGUCUUGAAUCUGCUGACUUUGGAUUGCUUCUUCUAGAAGGUGUUGAAAGAGAAUUUGCUAUACAGGCUAAAUGAGAUUCCUCCCCUCUUUAUAAAUGUUAAUUGAACCUGUUGUGUCUUAUUGUUGGUCAUUUCCCUUCAAGCGUAUUCCCCUUAGUUUCAUUAAGUAUUUGUGGUUUCCCAGCUUGCCACAUUAGUACUAAAAGACGAAAUACUUUUAAAGCCCAAGAGGUAUGUCAUGAAGAUAUUGUUUUGCUCUUGAGAAUUUUAAGCAGGAACAAAAGAAUAAAUAAAUAAUAGCACAGUUCAUUGUGAUUCUGAAGAAAUACAGAAAUGGAUUGUGAACCACAUUAAAACUUACAUUUUCUCAUGUCCUUCUGGUGGUGAAAACACACAAUUUGCAAUUCAUGUAUGUGGGUGUGGGUAUGUUCUAAACAGAUAAUGGUUGUAGUAGGAGGGGGAAAUAAUUCAUGAUGACCCAUAAUUCAUUAAGCAGUCCACAGCAUUGUUAAUCUUGCAUGAACUUUACAUUCCUUGAGAUGUAAGUGUGUGAUCACUAGGGUAUUGUUCUGGUUACAACCAACAUAAAAACAGAUACUUUCUUUCAAGAAUGGAAGUCUCUGACAACCCUCUUUUGCACAUCCUUCCAAAUAAAAAUACGUCUAGCACAGGCUGUUUCAGAUUUCACAGUACAAGCAAAUGUCCACCAGGUAAUCCAUGCCCAACAAGUGUAAAAGGUUUUGCUUUUCUUUUUGAAGUUCACAAGUUAUGUGGUGAUAAGUGUCUACUUCUUACCAUGUUUCCAUGGAGAGCACUCCAGACUUUCUUAUGUUUAGAUACCUCUGUCUACACCAGCUUUGCAAGUACCCCUCUCCCACAAAAUUACUAGCCUGCCUUUUCCCCCAUGUCAGCCUACUGUGAAUUGGCAGAGGAGGGACAGAGCUGCAGCAGUUACAUUCCUGGGCUGGGUGAGGCAAGAGGGGGCUUCCCUCUUCUGGCUGCCUGCCUGGUUUCUCUGUUGGGCACAUUCAACGGCUCACUCACCUGCUUGGCAACCCUUGUCUCAUAUGGGUACUAGGCUAUAGCUUGCAAACAAGGCUGGUGUACGCCACUAGUUUUCUGACUACAUUUCUGGCAAAAAAAAAGCACUGUAUUCCAGGUAACAGUGCACAAAUGCUUUCCUCCCAUAGGUUAUCCAUGUAGGGGGGGGAAAUGUGUUUCAGCCCUGAAAGUGCAGUAUCUCUUUUCCUUGUAACUAUGACAUCUAGGUAUUCUUUAGAGCAAGGUUUCUCAAACUUGGGUCUCUGGCUGUUUUUGGACUAUAAUUCCUAUCAUCCCUGACCACUAGUCUUGCUAGCUAGAAAUGAUGGGAUUUGUAGUCCAACAACAGCUGGAGACCCUGCUUUUGAGUAUUUUCAGUAUAAAAAGUGCAAUUCAUAUCAGUGUCCCUAAAUGUUUAUACGUUGUAAACUCUCUGUGUGAGCAAGACCUUAGAUUGAGUGUGUGUUCUGUUGCUUUCUGUUUCAAAUGCGUCAGAACACUGUAUUUGGGGCUGGGAGUAGCGUUGAGCAGGCACAUGCUCUGCAUGAAAAAGCUCUUAAAGCAUCUCCAGGAUCAGGUUGCAGGCGGUGAUGGGAAAGACGACCGAGAUUCUGGGAGCUGCUACAAGUCCAUGUAGCCAAUGCAUUUGGGUAGAUGAACCAGUGGUCUGAUUUUUGUUUAAGGCAGCUUCAUAUGGCCAUCCAAUCUCUUCUCUUCUUCCCUCUUCUCUCUAUCUCUUCUGCAUAAUCUGUCACACAAAGGUUCCAAGGAGGUUUAGUAUCCCGAAGAGUCCUUAUGCACAUGUGGUUUUUUAAAAUUAUAUUUAAAACAGUUACUGUGGGAAUGGUAAAUAUAUUCGCUGGCCUUAUACUGAAAUAAUUGCAUGAUUAAUUUUUUUUUAAUUUACAAAUGCUAGUGUAAUAAUCAAUGCAGUAACCAGUCUGAAUGGCUCUAUUUCAGAAUUGUUUGGUAUUUCUGUGAUAGCAUUCCAUUAGACCACAACAUACAAACUCAGUAACUUUUGUGUGAGUUAGAGCAAGUCACUUGAAGCCACUUGCUGUCAGGAUAGUGCAGUCAGCUCUUCCUUGUACCUUCCAUGAAAACCAAAAGGGUCAGUGUGGCAGUGUUGAUCUGCUCAUUAUGCAUGGAAGCUGCAAGCACAAGAUUUGUUUGCACUUCUGAAUCACCACUUGUAAUCACAUAUUUCAAAGUUAAUUUUAAGGUGGGAAUCUGGUCUCUAAUGAAAUCUGAUAGUUCUUGAAAGUUACAUGAGCAAAGUCAAAUAGUAGAUUGAUUCUUGGAUGUGCAAACCCAGUUUGUAACCUAGUGUCUGAAAUUGGACCUGAGUAAACAAGCACAAAGUCACUGAGAUCAGGAGCAUGUUUCAGGAAAAUGAGACUACAAUAUUUAUAAGUCAAACUGAUACAAUGAAUUAGUUCAAAAUACUAUUCAUAUAAGUAACACUGCUGGAUUCCAGACAAGCCACAAUAAAUCUAAGAUAAACAAUUAUGAAAGUGAGAUUCUUCUUAACCACAGUUUGAUAAUAACUAAUAAACCAUAGUUAUUAACCAUAGAAUAAUUUUUCAAGCUGCCCUAAUGUCUUGAGGGGUUUUGUGUGUUUGACUGAGAAUGGCAGCAUGUUAAAUAUAUACAGUAUAAAUAAGAUGGGGGAGGGCAAAUAAAACUGGACCUCUUAUUUUAGUUUUGAAAUAUGUCUAGGGCCAUGAUACUACAUUCUCAACAGGUUUAAACAGAUGUUAUUCCUAUGCAGAGAAGCAGCUGCUCCUAAUAAAGGACUAAAUACUUUAUUUAUAUCAUAUUUUAGGCUUAUAUUUAUUGUACAGUAUAACCAAAAAUAAAACCUCAGUUUUUUAAAUCCUUUGAAGGAGCUUGUUUACUGCAAGGUAUGAUGUCUCAGGAAGAUCAAUAUCAAAUAUCUUGUUUUUUAAAAGCUCUUGCUGUAUGAAGCCUUCUAAUGGCAUGCUGUGCCUAUGUUGCUAACUCUGCAAAAAUGUUAGUAAUUGUGUUUUUUAAAAUUGUACUGGUGCAAAUCUCAAAAUGCUCUCUAAAAAUAACACUUUGUUGUCUGCAAGAAAGAAGACACUAACACAGCAAGAUGGUUAGAGUACACAAAAUAAUAAAUUAUUUUUUAAAAUAUUGAUUGGCUAUUGCCUCAAAUCAGGUUCAUUUUCCCUUUACAUUAUAUUUAUUAAUAUUCUUGGAGCCAAAACCAGAAGGGGGUGCUUGCUAAACCCUAUUUGCUAGUUUGGUGGUAAAGCAGGGGUGGGGUGAGGCUUUUUCUUAUCUCUAAAAAGAGCAUGUGAAGGAUGGGAAUGGAAGUUCCCUCCCAUCCCCCAUAAAACAAUAGUCUUUUUUUAGUCACUUGUCUAUAUGUAAUCCAAGAAAUUUUUACUUGAUGUCUUUGCUGUUUUUUCGUACCGCAGCCCAAAAGUGACUGGGUUUAUGUUUUCUAUGUGACAUUUGUUUUUCUUUUAUUUGGCUACUGGCCUAAAAUAAUGACAGUUUUAUCCACAUUAAUCAUAAAAAUUCAGUUCUGUAAUUCUGACAUUCCUUCCUAAUUAUUUGCUUUCUCUUGCAGAUAAAUUUGCGCCUCAUUUUGGUAAGCGGAAAAACGAAAGAAUUCUUGUUUUCACCCAAUGACUCAGCAGCAGACAUUGCAAAGCAUGUAUAUGAUAACUGGCCAAUGGGUAAGUAUUACAGACGAGUUUCCCCCACACCUUGUAUUCAGAUGGGGUCAGCCCUGUGCAGAGCUUGCCUGAGGCCCGGGGCGGGAGUCUUGUUAGAAUAAAGUUAUAAACUCAAACAGUGUAAGUGCAGCAGGCCCCUGACAGAGCCCCCUGCCUGCUUAGCCCUGUGAGGCCUGGGACAAGUGAACCCGGCUUCCCCCCUCUACAUGGGCCUGGGUGGGACUCAACAUGGGAUGGUGGUGGUAAAGAAUAUCUUUAUUUUCUAAUGCAGAAUAUCACUGAAUAUUACUGGGCUGGUAAUAGCUCAAAGGGUGAAACCAAAAGUGCCACACUCUUGUAUUUUAUGUGCUUACAGACUUCUAUGCUAACUUUUAUAUGUAUAUUUGUACAUUACUUAGACCAGUGGUUUCUAACACACACACCCUGGAUCACUUGAAUAUUGCUGAGGGUCUGGGUGGGCCAUUUAAUUUUCCCCCUGCCUGUUGUAGCAAUUUUAAUGAGCUAUGCUAGAUUCUAUAUGAUUUUAGUUGCUUCUUAUAUUUUUUUUAUAUUGUACUUUACAAUAUUACAAUUUGAAUUCUGUGGAAGAGUUCACAGGCAUUCCACGGACCAGUAUGAGACCUCCCGCAAGCUUAGACAUUUUCUAAUAUGAAGCAGUCUAGAUUACUCCCCCACAACCCCUCCCAAUAUCCUUUAUAAAAGCUUCAAUUUUCUAAUGGAGCUAAAUGUUUGGCAAUUGUGCAUUUUGAAAUCUCAGCUUGGAGUGAAAAUGUUACUUGGAAACUGCAAAUUUGAUCCUUUAAGCAGAGUGCAGCUCCUUUCAGAACAGGCUGAACUGCUGCCACCUUUGUCAGAUGAAUAGCCUACCAAAAGCUCCUUUGUCUUAUCUGGACUGAGCUUCAGUUUAUUAGAUGUCAUUCUUUCCAUGGCUGACCUUGAGCCCCUUCUUGUUCAGCCGGUCUGCCUCACAUGACUUUGAUAAAAGGGAGAUAGAACUGGUGUCACUGGGUUUAUUUAUUUUUAUUUUUCAUUAUUUAAUUUAAAAUAUUUAUUUAUGCUUGGGCAAGAUUUUUGAAAAGAAGCAUCAGGUCAGGGUACAAAUGUCUAGCGUACAGAUAGAAAUGCAGAAUUUAUCAAGGUGUUCUUGUCUGGAGCAGCAAGGCAAGAAACUUGAUGAGAGGUUAUCACCAACAAGAAAACAAAAGAUCUAGGGAGCCGGUCAGAAAGAGUUGCCCCAAUUUGAAUGGAGAUACAGAAAAUGAUAAAAAGAUAGGAGGAACUGGAGGAUAAAGAAGCAACUAAGAAAUGAGAGAGAGAAAGAGAAGGUGGGAAGACCUGGGAUGGAGGAACAAGAAUGACAAAGCAAGUGCAGGAAGGAAAGGGGCAGGAGGAACAACUGAACCCCAUCCUCAGUUUUUUUGAGAACAAGUGAAAUACUACAAGGCUGGAGGCAGGCAAAUGUCUGUGUCUCCAAAAAGAAUGCCUAGGCAACUGGUUAUUGGUCAGCUUGACAUCAGUACCUGGAAAGGUUCUAGAACAGAUUAUUAAGCUGUCAGUCAGUGUGCAUUUAGGGGUGGGUGGAAGCUGUGAUUGCAAAAAGCCCUUACAAAAAGUCCUGCCAGGCUAACCUUAUCUCCAUCUUUGAUAGAGAGUUAAGUUGCUUGGUUGAUCAUGGGCAUGCUGUGGAUGUAGUAUAUUUGGAUUUCAGCAAGCCUUUUGAUAAAGUCCCCCAUUAUAUUCUUGUUGGUGAGCUAGACAGUGCUGCUGUUUGAAAGAAAUGUGGCUGCUGGUUGGGUCAUACCCACCCAGAGAGUGCUCCUCAACACUUUCUUGUCAAUCCUGGAGCAAAGUGACAAGUGGGGUGCUGCACGAUUUUUUACUAGGCCUGCUGGUUUCUAACACCUUUGUAAAUAAAAGUGCAGAGGAGAUGUUAACCAAAUGUGUAGAAUGACACCAAACUGGGUGGGUAGCUAACACCAUAGACAGAAACAAGGUGAAUGUGAUGUAUCUACAAAUGUUUAGGUAUGUGGUUUCAACAUAAUUGACGUGGUUCCUAUUUUUGUAAAUUCAGUGUUAUUUUGGGAGUUUAUAUGUGAAUUAUGCAGCUGAAUAUUUGUGUAAUAAAUCUCACAGUCUAAUAAAACAAGUAGGACUGGGUUAUGUUACUGAGCUUUUGAUUAAUUGUUCUCAAUAAGUUUUGGGUAGCAACUAGGUUUUAUAUUUUCAAAAACUCAGAACUCAACCAUGGUACAUUUCUUUAUGCCAGAGGGUCCCGAGUGCAGCCUGAAAUCUGCAUGGUACCUACUAGAGGAGACUUUGCCAACCUGGUGCCCUCCAGAUGAUUGGAACUUACAACUUUCAUCAGCUCUCACCAGCAUGACCAAUAGUUGGGGGUGAUGAGAGUUGUAGUAGUCCAAAUCUUCUGGAGGGCACCACUCUUGAAAGAUUCCAUCAACAGUGUCUCCAAAAAAUUUUACGCAUCACUUGGGAAGACAGGCGAACUAAUGCCAGUGUACUGCAAGAAGCAAAGAUCACCAGUGUAAAAGCAAUGAUUCUUCAACAUAAACUUCAUUUGGAUUGGUCAUGUUGUUUGGAUGCCUGAUUAUUGUCAUCCAAAGCAACUACUCUAUUACAAACUUUUAAAAAAUGGAAAACAUAAUGCUGGUGGUAAACAAAUGAGGUUUAAAGACUCUCAAGGCAAAUCUUUAAAAAGUAGUAUAUGACUAUUGGAAAACACUGGCCUGUGAGUGCUCCAACUGGAGAACAGUCUUUACCAAAGAUGUCAUGGACUUUGAAGACGCUCGAACUCAGAACGAAAGGGAGAAAUGUGCUAAGAGGAAGGCACGUUUGGCAAACCCUCACCAUGACCAGGGACGCGGGUGGCGCUGUGGGUUAAACCACAGAGCCUAGGACUUGCUGAUCAGAAGGUCGGCGGUUCGAAUCCCCGCGACAGGGUCCCAGCUCCUGCCAACCUAGCAGUUCAAAAGCACGUCAAAGUGCAAGUAGAUAAAUAGGUACCGCUCCGGUGGGAAGGUAAACAGCGUUUCUGUACACUGCUCUUGUUUCGCCAGAAGCAGCUUAGUCAUGCUGGCCACAUGACCCGGAAGCUGAAUGCCAGCUCCCUUGGCCAAUAAAGCAAGAUGAGCGCCGCAACCCCAGAGUCGGCCACGACUGGACCUAAUGGUCAGGGGUCCCUUUACCUUUACACCAUGACCAACUUCCACCUGGAAACCUAUGUCCCCACUGUGGAAGGACAUGUGGAUCCAUAAUUGGCCUUCACAGUCACAGACAUACUGUUAAGACCGUGUUCAUGGAAGACAAUAUUACUUGGCUAUGAGUGAUUGCCAAAGAAGAAGAAAGAAGAACGUGGGAAGCAGCACUUGUGGUUUGUUUCUUCCCUGACGUCCCAAAGGAAAGAGCAAAGCACUUAACUUAAAACAAUUGCUUGCUUUUACCUAUGGUUUAAAGUGACGUAUGACCUGGUGACUAAAUACAGGCUCCAUGGCUCCAUCAACCAGCUUUCCCCCUCUCUCACCCAAGUUUUGUUUAACCUCCAACAAGAUGAAGCAUACUGGAGAACUUGAGAGCUUACUCACUGUUUUGUGGCAGUUUGGUUGACCUAAUAAAGGUAUUGCCUUGCUGUGGUUCUGGAUUUAUUUAUUUUUUGUAAUAGCGGUUUGUUACUAUUACAGUAAUUAAAUCUGUAAAUGGAAUUGUUGUUGUUAGCUGAUAUUGGCUGAAGUGCCUGCCUUAUCUAUUCCUUUUCCAACUGGUCCCACUGCCCCUUUUUAGAAUUGAAGGGAAGUCUUGCCUGCUUUAUAGCAAGCAAUAAAAGCUCUCAUACCUGUAAUUAUGUUUAUGCAGUGUGUUGUAUAGUCUAAUAAGGCAGGGUAUAAAUGGAGACUUAAAAGAUAAACAAGACAGUGAAUGCACUUGACAAAUAUUUUUGCUACUUUUUUUCAGACUGGGAAGAAGAGCAAGUAAGCAGUCCAAAUAUUCUGCGACUUAUUUAUCAAGGACGGUUUCUUCAUGGCAACGUGACAUUAGGAGGUAAUGAAAUAAAUUCAGUUGGAGACGGUGGUUCUGUGGGUGAUCUUUGUCUGAUUUAUAAAAUGCAAGAAAUGGACUUCCUGGCGUAGUUAGUGAACCAAGGAAGCCUAUGACAGGAACAUAUAUACCUGAGGGCACACAUGGUGCAGCCUUUCUCCGCCUUAAGAAAGACAACGCAAGGUGGAAGCAAAGAGGUCCAGUCUUAGGAACUUGUGACAUCGGCUUCUAAAAAGACCAUCAGAUGGCCCAAGAGGAGGACCCUUAACACUCUACAUUUCAUACCAUAUAUUAGGGCCAUUGUUUUAAAAUGGCAUUGGGUUUCUUGGCAGAAAGGCAAUAUAUAAAUACAAUACAAAAAUAAAAGUUUGUCCUUAGUAAACAGACAGCAUGAUCCCCAGUUAGAGCACUUUGGGUGUUGUUGGUUUUUACUUGGGGAAUUCAGCAAAGGCUCUUAUUAAAAUCAGUGGUACUUAAUAAGUUCUCAGCUUUGAGCAUGAUCCCACCAAUGUUUUUAAUUAAAGUUGCAAUUUUGUGUUCCAUUACACAUGCAAUUGAGUACUAGGCUAUAACUCUUAAAAAUUCAAAGGUUCAAUAUAUUUAAAGGGGUUAUCAUUCAGUGGUCUGCGGUGUAUCACAUUUUUAAUUUCUCUUCAGGUAUUACUGCAGUAAAUAUCAUCUUGGAAAUGAUGGUACUAAUUACCAGGAGUUAAUAGCAGUCCUCUCUUAAUUGGAAAAGUGAUUUGAUUUCAGUCUUCAUAUGCCUCCCGUACUACAUACAGUCCUUAGAAUCUGUAUUCUAAAUAUUAUGCGAAUUGCAUAACAGUGACCUAAAUCUUAGCACUGUGGCUGGGCAGAUUGAGAACUGGAAUAAGGGGAAGCUUUCUUGCUGUGUCUAGCAUAGCCAUGAGGUUCCAAAUGAUUAGUUAUAAAAGACUGGAAUCACUUGGAGUAGAAAAGCAGUUCAAUUGUGCCCCCUUGUGGCAUGCACUUCUACCUGGUUUUUACUGUAUAGUGAACUGCACUCAGAGUUAUUGCCAACUUUUUGAAUACUGAGUUUCACUGCAGUAUUCGUAUUCAUGAUAAAAUUUCAGAUGGAAUAUAAAUUGAAUUUGGGUGUGAGUGUGCAUACUUGGAAGUUUGCAUGCAUGUACACUAGAAACAAUUGUUCUGGCUUGCUGAGAUUAGCUUUCCUAACAGGUCAAAUCUCCCACUAACCAGUUUGACUGUGUGCCAAUUUGCAUUAUUGGUUAAUUUCAAAUGUGUGACUGCAAAUAUCCCAAAAUAGUAAGCACAAAGUAGUUGGCCAGGAUUAUUCAGCACUGAAGAGAAAAGGCUUGUCAGAGGGUUUCUCUUAUCCUUAAAAGGGGUCUGGCAAAUCAUAAAGAUUUAUUUACACCGCUCACAUUCCUUCAGAUGAACUUCCUCACUGUCUGUCUUUGCAUCUAGCUCAGACAGUAGAACAUGAGACCCUUAGUCUCAGGGUCGUGGGUUCAAGCCCAAAUGUUGAACAAAAAGAUCCCUGCAUUAUAGGGGGUUGGAAUAGAUGACCCUCUGGGUUCCUUUACAACUUUGUGAUUUUAUGAUUCUAUAUCAAGUAAGCAUGAAGAAUUUCUACUGGAGCAGGGAACUUCAGAGGAAGCAUGCUGAAGUUGUACUGAAAUCUGUGAUGGUAUAUACAAAUCUGCUAGAUUUUACUUGAGCAUUUUAUGCUUGCUCUGAAUUUUAGCCAGUAUUUUUAUACACAUUUCUAAAAAAAACCAUGCAUUUUAGUACAUAUAAAUAUGUUGAUGGUGUUAUGGUAUGGAAAAUGCUGAUAAGUCAAGGAGAAUUUAAAACCAGCUGUGUUAUCCCAGUUCCAUCCCAUUGUACUUCCAAGGAGCUUGAGGUUGCAUGUAAGGUUCUCUCUCCUGUGACCAAUCCUCACAGCAAAGGUAGGCUAGGCUGAGUGGAGUCACCCAGUUAGCUUUGUGACUGAGUGGAGUUUUAAACCCAAGUUUCCUUGUUCCUAGGCUGACAAAUAAUUGGUUUAAGAAACAUGGCUUUCUUUAUUAUCAGAAACAAGCCAAACAAAUGCUUAAAUUUAGGUUUGUAUUGACUGUUUCAAAUAUUGGGGCAUCAAAGGACUGGGAACAAUAUUUUAUUCUCCCUUUCUGCAACUUAUAUUUGUAAGCUGCUGUUCUGAGAGCUCCAGCUGAAAAGUGACUAAUUAAAGUGACAAGAAAUAAAUCAAAUGGUGAAAGCUUGCACUUUUGGAAAAUAAGCAGUUUGGAUAUUGUAUAUUACUGUAUCUAUAGGGAUGAAGAAGUGUAUUAACAAGUAAUUCUCUCUCCCCACACACAGCAUUAAAACUUCCUUUUGGCAAGACGACAGUGAUGCAUUUGGUGGCUAGAGAGACGUUGCCAGAGCCAAACUCUCAAGGUAAGCUGAUGCUUCUAACUUGGACUCAAUGGACACAUAUUCAAAGUAUCUGCACUUUGGUUGCAGUCUCUUGGUGACUUAUUAAAAUGUUGUGCUGAGGAGAAAUCUAAAGGUUUUUGUGUGGUUCUUAGAACACGUGAAUUUAUAUUUACACUUGAAAAUGUAACUUCCCUUUUAAGGGCAUGUGACCAAAGCUCGUAGUGCUCAUUCAAAAUUAUUCUGCUCCUUUGUGUUGCACACAGAGAGUAAUAUUUUGCACUAAUCAUCUUGAAAACAUUUUCUCUGUUCUGCAGGUCAGAGGAAUCGUGAAAAAACUGGAGAGAGCAAUUGCUGUGUGAUCCUGUAAAAGCUCUGCUGUAUCUACUAUUUGUGAUGUAUAAUAGUUUUCGUCUUUCAUGCCGCUGGACUAGAGGAGACCAACAUUGCUUCAAACACCCUUAGGACAAGCCUGUCUGAAUCCAUUGAACUGAAAUAUUACAUGAACGCUGUCACUUUUUUUUUCUAGAACAAUGAACACUUUUUUAUUUCUACGUUUUAGGUUGUUGAACAAGCUUAUUAAUACAUCACUUCUCCACUUCUCCAAUGCAUUCUCUCUCCAAGGAAAGGUUAACUAUUCUCAACAGGAAUCAUAUUGCUGCCAUAAGAUCAUCCUUAACCUGAACUUUAACCAAUCAAGAUUUCUAGAUGCAAUUUGCACUAAAAAUGGUUGACGAUAUAUAGACCUCAUCAUCAAAAGCUCUUAAGUAUUUCAAACACAGAGAAAUGAAUCAGCACUGGAAAAUACUAUCAGCAGUCUUAUUCUUUAAAUUCAGUAACGGCCAACUGAAAGGGGGGGAAAUAACUACUAAGUAAGUAAAUUCUACCUAAGUCAACCUUGGUGGCCAAACUGGCACAAAAUACUAACUAAAAUUGUCUGACUAUAGACAUAUAUAUAUAUUCACUGCAACAAACUAUGUGCCUGUAAUUUUAAAGCACUCUGUAGAGGGCUGUUGAAACUGAUUUUUUUCAUUGAUAUGCACUCUUCUCGUACAUUAGUUGAGUGCUUGUUCAGACAGCACAAAUAAGUGCAGAGAGUGCAUUUCCUAGCCUUAAUAUGGGAGGGGCAAUUUCCUGUAGUUCAUAGGCUUUUAUUAAUGUGCAUAAAUAUUAGAAGACCUCAUUUACUAAUCAAUUUUAUGUCUUUGAAUAUCAGCAAUUGAUGUUUUUCAAUCAUUCUUAUUCAUCCGUACCUUAGUGUCCAGUGUCAUGCUUACUCAUUAGUGACUUCAAACAAAUAAUUAAAAGGAAAAAUGAAAAAAAGAAAAGAAAAACCUCUGCCAUAUGAUGAGAUUUUGUUUGUUUAUUUUAUGUGCAUUUGGUGUUAGUGCUUGCAAUUGUAUUGGAAAUCAAAAACUGGUUUUUAAAGCAUACAUAUUUAGAAAGGAUGCCAUUCGUUUUCUUCAUAUAAUUUAAAAAUUGAUAUGCUAAAAAAAAUUGCACAGCACUAAAGCAUGAGUUAGUUUCAUCUAAACCUGUAAAAAAUAUAAAAGAUUUUAUAUUUUUCCGCUAGGGAGAAAUUCUUCCUAGUUGAAAUUACAAAUGUGUAGAAUAUAUUUAAUAAAAAUCUUAUAAAAACAUAACUAUAGAACUUAAAUAUAGAUUGGAGUGUAGAAUAAUACAACAAUAAUCCAUAUAAAUAGCUCUAGGCUUUUAAGAAAAAAUUGCAGGUUGACAUUUGUGUUCUGUACUUGAGUCCAUGGCCCUUACAAACGUUCUGUGUUUUCUGAAUGAUCAACUUCAUUUAAAUGUAAUCAGGUUAUUUUAUUCAAUGUUAUUGCUUUGACAAAAUGCUUUAUAUGCAGUAGGCCUACAAAGAUAUUGUUCAUAAUGAUCAAAAUUAAAUUUGUAUAGAGCAGAGUUUUAAAACAAAUUGUAAAUAGCACUAAACAUUUUCUUUCUGCAACCUGUACUGAUAGAUUCUUCUCUAAACUAAAUAAAAGAAGAAUAUUGUAGUGCACUUGGUUGUGAUUUGAAAGCUAUGACCUGAUCUGUAUUGGGCAUCAGUGUUUUAAAGUCAUGAAGAGCAUGUGCAAUGGAAAUAUCCCUUCCUGAUUUUCUUUUUAAAUUAAUACUUGGGUUGAAAUCCGAGACUGUAAACUUUCUUCGGAACAGGGAUGGAGGCAUUUUGGAUAUGCUUGGCCUCAGCUGUGCAGGACUUUAUAAAUCCACAAACUCGCGUUUACCCACCCCUGGAGUCAAUGAAUUGAUUGGGUAACCAAUGCUAAUAGUUAAAACACCGUUAGAACUUAACUUAUGAAACUGCAUGAGCAUGAGAAAUCUUAGUAUUUUAGCAUUCAAAAACCUAACGGUUAAUUAAAAAAAUGUGUGCAUUCAGCUAUUGGCAACCCUGUUCACUAUUGACCCGCUUGCCAUUUCUGUUUCAAAACAGCAGCAGUUUACUCCCAAAGCUUUUAUUUUGAAGAGACUGUUAGCAAUGCAACCUCAUCUUAGCCAAUGCCUUUAGUUUGGUCCCAGCAUCAUAAGCAGCAACUCAGUUGGGUGCUUUCUACACUUGCUCAGUUUCACAUUAAUUGUACCUGAAAACUCUGGCAGUACACUUCAUUUUUAGAAUGACUUCAAAUUGAGUUCUGGGGAUUUAUUUGAAACUGUCGGGAAAGAAGGCCACAUAGGAGUAGUAGAGAUCCAAACAUGUAAAAUAAAUGCACAUAAUCCAACAAGUUGGUGAGAAAAUUUUGCAGCAACUAUUGGAUAGAAUACUGGUCUUUACAAGUUUACAGAAUGAUGUGUUAAAGUGGAAAUGAGGCCUGUUUUCCCUCUAGGACUACUGCCUGAUUAAAGAACAUUUAGCUGAUUCAUUAUCUGUCGUUAAUUGGGUCUUUACACUUGCAUGCUGCAUUUUUGAGAAAUUGAACUGAGAGAGAAUUGAAUAAACAAGCUAUCAACUGUUUGGGGGGCGG